GUAUAUUUCGGGAGUCUGACAUAAACUCGAUUGAGCAGCACGAUUAUUGGUGAACGAUCGCAAGCAAAUAGGUGGUUUGGGCGUUCAUCUGAUGUAACGAAGCAUGAACAAAUCACAAUCUGUGUUAGCCAAGCCUCCCUUUUGAUCCGCUUGAUCAUCUCGGAGACGCCUGAGCCCAUCGCAAGACUAUGGUCCGUCUCCGCGUUCUCGCCAGCCCCCUACCGAAUGAAAUGACGCCUAAACAUGCAAAUACUGGUCAAUUCGUUGACAUCAAAACGAUGCAGUUCGAAGGCAAGAUUGCAAUAGAAGAAAAGACAUGGAUGAUUCAAGUGCGGGGGGGUGUCACACGCUGCGCCAAGUUCAUAAAGUCUAUAGAUCCUCCUUCGGAGUAUGACUUAAUUGAUAUAGAUAAACCUUGGAUGCUAUGAAUAUCCUUUCUGAAUCAUCUUAGGACGACCUUCCUUUCCACGAUGCCCUUCUUGUCUCGUGAGUCAUGCUCAUGGGAAGUCUGCGCACCCGCGAAAACAGUGCCAGUGAAAGGAAACCACCAGGGACUUGUCCACGAGGAGCAAGCGCCACUCGGAUAGAAUACACAGGAUCUUACUUGGCAUCUGUAGAACAUCGUAAAGCCAAGUUCUGAAGACUGGAUCAGCGCGAUUGGAAUCACGGCUUUCUAACAUUCCAUGGUGGUCGUUACCGUUUGACGGUCACUUUGACUUGAUGAAGUGUUAUAAUAACAGCAUCGCAAUCCGACAUCCUAAGCACGAUCUGAACACGUACAAAGGAACAAAGGCUAAAGCGUUAGA